CCCUGACUCCCAGACUCUCGGUUCCGCUUGUAGCUGUUUCUGUCGCUGUGGUCGCCCGGGGGUAGCGCUCCCGGCACCCUUCUUUCCGUUUGGGAGGCGAGGACCAAGGCACCAUCUGUGCCUCCUCCUAUCCCAAACAUAAGGACACGCGGCUACCAAGCUCGACAAACCGGCCUCUUGGGGUGUAUAGUGGGACGUGAAAUCCCCCUGAAUGAAGUUCCAGCUUCGUCAUCUCUCACCCUCCACCGCCACUCAGGACUCUGCUGAAGGGGUCGGGUAGCCCUGGCCGGCCCCAGCCCGUGGCUCUUGGCUCACCUCCCCUUACAGACCUUCCUCCCCGAAGACGCCCUCCCAAAUCUCUGUUCUGGCAGCUGGGAGGAGCCCGGGAUCCCAGACCUGAACCAGUGAAAAAGCCCUCUGAAAGAUGUGUGAGACAUUCUCCCAGCUGGGCUCGCGGGAGGAUGAAAACAAGUCGAUCCUGCCCCACGACCCAGCCAGUGACAGCAACGCUAUCGUCUAUGCCAGCAAUAGUAGAAGCAAGUCUUUUUCUUCCUGUGUGCCUUGUCAAAGGGCUGCUGGUACCAGCUUUGUGACUUGUCCCACCUGCCAGGGAAGUGGGGAGAUCCCUCAAGACCUAGAGAAGCAGCUGGUGGCCCUCAUCCCCUAUGGGGACCAGAGGCUGAAGCCCAGGCGCACGAAGCUCUUCGUGUUCCUGGCAGUGCUCAUCUGCCUGGUGACUUCCUCCGUUAUCAUCUUUUUCCUGUUUCCUCGAACCCCCUCAGCACGGCCCGCAGGCCUCAACUCCUCCAACGUGGCCUUUGACAAGGCUGAUAUUCAUCUCAACUUAACGUAUAUCUUGAACAUCUCGAAUAGUAACUACUAUCCCAUCACUGUGACCCAGCUGACCAUCGAGGUUCUGCACGUGUCCCUCGUGGUGGGGCAGGUCUCCAACAGCCUCCUCCUACACGUCGGCCCUUUGGCCAGUAAACAGAUGUUUUAUGCAGUAGCCAACAGGAUCCAGGAUGAAAACACAUACAAAAUCUGCACCCGGCUGGAAAUCAAAGUCCACCAUGUGCUUUUGCACAUUCAGGGCACCCUGACCUAUACCUGCCUGAGCCGUUCACAGCAGCUGGUUUUUCAGAGCGAUGACUAUGUGGACUGCCGGGGAAACAUGUCGGUGCCCCACUUGCUGGUCCCUCACCCGCCGUGACUUGCCUGCUGUCCCCAAACUCUAGACCACCUGCCAGCCUGGUCUGUAUCUCUCACAACUCCACAUUGCCCAAGGAAGGACGAUGGUGUCUUUGCCAAAGGAAAAGCACUGCUUUAUCAUACUCUCCCAUCCAUCCCUACACCCUCAACACGGGAAGCUUUCUGUGGAAGUUAAUUUCACACACACACACACACACACACACACACGCACUCUCUCUCUCUGAUUUCCAUAGGAACAGAAGCCUGGUUCUUCUAACGGCCAGAACCAGGUUUUCCCCUUGGUCUAUCUUGAGGAAAGUCUCACCUGACACUUUCUCAGAGCUACCUGCGAGUUCCUGGAGUGGCCCCUGCCUUUUCUGUUCUGAGCACCUUGGUUGCCCAACUCCUCAGAGCUGUCCUUCUGGGAGAAAACCUUUAAUUAUCAGGCUUUAAAAGCAUGAAUCCUUUUCAAGUUCCCCACCCAGUGAUGGGAAAGCAAAGUGGGGGACAUCCAGUGUUAUCGCCAGGGCCUUUCAGGGUACAUAGAUGCUCUCCUGUGCUUCCCUGCUUUGGUCCUGUGACAAAGUGAUGGUGAUAGUCUGCUACCCUCCUGGUAACUUGGCCCCUGCCCAUCUGACAACAGGAUUGGCUGAGGCCCUUUGGCUCUCCAUCCUUCCUGUUAUAAAGACUCUCCUGGUUCCUAGGAAGACAGAGCUAUUCCCCAGCUCAAGCCUCUCUCCAUAAAACAGUUUUUUUAUUCUCUUCACAGCAGAAGCCAAAGUAGUAGGAAUGAGGAGGGAGGCAUCUGGGACCCCUUGGGCCUAUGCAGGAAAAACAGAGACAAAGCCAGAGUCAUUUUGAAGGGUAUUUAUUGAAGGAGAGCUUCCGGCUGGUGGUGAGCCCACACCCUUGCCCAUGCCUGUGGACCCAGGCAGGUCCAACAGAGGGCCUACCUGCUCUCCCCUGAAAUCCCGCAGAGGCGAAGCUGUCAGUAUCCAGCCAAGCUGCUGGGCUCUGCUGCACCAGGGCCCACCCUUUGCUCCCAGAGGCCUCUGCUUUCCUUCAGGCAUUGACAGUAUGGAGUAGCACAUCAGUAGGGAUUGGUCUCGACCCUCUCCUCUUUGUUGUCACUCAGAGGAAGCUAAGGCCCAAGUACUCCAGGUCCCACUGGGCUCCAGGUGGGGGCGGUUUCUGUCUUUAGCCGAGCAGGAAUGGUAUUUGCUCACUACAGAUGGCUAAGAUUUUUAUCACUCAGGCAGGCGGAGAGAGAUGAGCUUAGGAGGUGAACAAAGCUGAACUUGAAGUAGGAUGGAUGGAGAGGGAGAAGUGGUGACAGACCUUGGUGACUAGCUGGCUGGGGGAACGAGGGGAAAGAUCUUGUGCUGUCUCCACGCUUUCAUGUCUGGGUAACUGGGGUCAAAGUGGUGCCCGCAAGAGCACAGAAGUCCAGGAAGGCCAGGGUAGAGCUUCUGCUGUGCGUAGGUCACCAAAUGGAAAGAAUUUAUAUUGUAUUCAAUAAACUCUACUUAACAAUGUUUAAAAAAAAAAAAAAGGUCUCCUGUGACUGGGAAGGGAGCUGGUGGACAUGUUCUCUUUUCCCCAGGCCUUGAGCUCCUUGAUAAUAUGUCCUGCCUUUCCGGCUUCUGAGGGAUGGCUACUAAAAAGCUUGUUCUCUCUCUCUCUCUCUCAUUGCAUAUCUCUAAGGUCCCUUCCAAUUUCAAUAUUCCUGUUCUGUGCCCCUCCUCCUUAUAUCUCCCCCAGAUGCUCCCCUCAGGAAACACUGCACUGAGGGGCUCCUUCAGUCUGACCCAAAGGCGAUGAUCCUGUGUGACCCAGUCCCAGCUGAAAGAGGGAGCUGGGCUGGGGGACCCUGGCGUCAGCUUCAGGAAGUGGUGAGGGGGAUGCUUGGGCCUUUGGAGCCUCUUGGCUGUCUGCUCCAUGGAAAGACUAAGACCCAGGAAGGAAGAAGCCUGUGGAUUUUUGUUGGCCAGUCCCCGUUCCCUUCCCAGGGUCCGGUGUCCUGUGCCUGAAGCUAUAUAUCCCCUUAACUUUAAGCUCUUUCUCUCCAUUCCUGCCUCCCAUCAUCCACUCAAUAGCUGAGUGUCUACUGUAGGCCAGGCAUUACACUGAACUUGGGGGUCCCUGCCUGCCACCUCUUCCUACUGCUGCCCAGGCCUGCUCUGGUGGGAGGCAGCCCCUCCUUCCCCGGCUAUACCGCAGUAAGCAUCAGCUAGAAGGAAGGUGUGAUGGCUCCUGAGAGUCAUAAACCUGAACCCCCAACAGAAUUAUCAUUGCUAAAAAAGGGCCAGUAGUGGAGCUGUAGACUUGGGGGUCCAAGGCCAAGUCCUUCCAUUGGCUUUGCCUAGAGAAGCAUGGAAUUGCCUCCCACUUUCUUCUCCCACCCUCUCCAUCCCCUUCCUGGGCCUUCCUGCCCCUUUCUCAUCUCAGUCUCACAGAGCUGACCAGUUUCAAUUCUUUCCACGAAGGAAUCACAUUUUAUUCCCGGCUAGCCUCUUAGAAUGGAACAGGAGGGAGUGGCUUUUAGAUGGAGAUGUUGCUGGGUGGUGAGAAGGUGGGGCUGCUCAUCUGUUUUUUACUGAUGGCCAGUGGGGUCUUGGGGUCUUAUCUGGAUCACCACUGCUGUAUGUAAUUCAUCGACUAAGAAGAGGGAAAGACAGGAGGCAAAACAAGUUAGUUAGCAGUUUCUGGGCUUGCUGGUUUCAGAACAUUGUAUUAAGCCUUUUGAGGCCAGAGGACUCGAAGUGAAAUGUUAACAGCCCAGUCCUUACCCUGAAAGGGCUAGGAAUGAGCCAGGCUCUAAGCUAAGUGCUUUCGAUGGCUUCUCUUGUAAUUGCCACAAACUGUCCUCAUGAUACCUCUAUUAAGGAUGUGGUAUUAUUCUUAUUUUAUGGAUGGAGCAGCUGAGGCUCAGAUUAAAUCACACUACCAGGGAGUGGUGAUCCUGACUGAGACCAACAACCUUUGACUUCAGGUCUUCGCCUUCCUCCUGCUCCAGCUGCCUCUACCUCAGUCAGCUCCUAAAAACAGCCCCUUUAUUUUUCAAGUAUCUUUCCAUUGUCAACCCCUCCACUCAUGCUUAGUGCGGAUGAACAACAGGCCUUACUUAGACAUUUUUAGGUGAUAAGGAACAGAGGACUGGGCCAUCCAGAAAUGACCUUGAAACAAUUGCAGCCCCUUCCCCCCACUCCUGCCAAGGACGCCUCUCUAGACUCCACGCGCGCUCACACACAAGCACACCCUCAGGCAGGCAGCCAGAGACUACCUGCCUUUCACACUGUCUCACCGUGAAUCGUGGGUACUUGGUGUAUUUAUCUGGGCUACACUGGUCUGAUUUCCUGAAACCUGAUGAUGAAACAAAGCACAUGUUACUCAUCUGGCCAUUUCUGAGACUCGAACAUGGCAGAGCUGGACUCUGCUAAGUGACUGGAGAGAGUGGCGGUGGGGGGCAGGUGGCGGCCCCUACCUGGGGCAAGGCACAGACUGAGCCCACCAUGAAAGUUCUCAACUAGGAAGUCGUGCUGUGACUCCCUGUUCCAGGCCUCCCAGGGCUUGGUAUAUCUGUUACUAAGCCUACAACUCAUAUCCCACCCCCGAUCACCCUCCCCGCCUCUGUCACCCUUGCCCUGGAGGAAGAGCUGACAACUUCUCAGCCACCCUCUGUAGAAGCUGGCAGCCUUCUUUGCAGCCCUAGGUUGUUGCAAACAUGCUCAGAGGGAGUGGUCCCCAAGUAAAGGCCAAGGGUGCUGGGGAGAGUCAGAGAGGGUGGGCUGACUGAUGUGGACUCUGGACUAUGGGCUGGGAUGGGAGCAAGGGGCUUCUUUCCCCAGCACCUCCCCUUUUCAGGCCCCCCACUUACUAGGGUCUUGAGGGAUUUUCGGCCCUUUUUGGAAUUUGUUGUUAAAGUAGUUGGAUUGCCCUCCAGCUUGAUGGGUCUCCACUGAGCCAAGCUGGAGACCAGGUUUUUGGGAAUCCUGGAGAUGGCACUUGGUGGUGUACUGAGUAAGAGGAUCCUGGGCAUUUUGUUGUCUUGGCUGAGGUGGUGGCUGUGGCGGGUGAGGCGGCUGUGGCUGCACCUGCGCCGGCGGCUGCUCUGAGGGCAGCUUCUUCCCCUGGGGUGACUGUGGUUGUGCGGGCUGGGGCUGUGAUUGCACCAAUGAUGGCCGUGGCAGCUGCCCGGACUCCUGAGAUGGCUGGGGUUUUUUCUCUGAUUGGCAUUCCUUCUCUUGGAAUUUCUUCAGUUCCUGGCAAGAAGCCCAGGCAAGUGACAUCCUCUUGCCUCCCACCCAGUCACCCAUCUGCCACACACUGCGAGGAGCAUUCCAAGGGAAUCCAGAGGCAGAGGUGGCCAGAGGGUCUCUGUUUCCUGGAGUCGGAGCCUGAGGCUAGAGGGUGGGCUACCUCCCUUCACCCACCACAACACCUGAGAACUGUUUCUCUGGUGACAGUGUCCCCUGGCACAGAUCCUGCCCGGGAAAUAGCAGUCUCUGAGCACCUACCUCCUAGCUUGGGAGCUGUGCACUGAAAACAGUUUGCAGUACUGAGGAUAAAGAAUAGUUUUGCAAGUGCUUUGAAACAGCACUGUCCAAUAGAAAUAUAAUGCGUGCCACGUGUAAUUUUAAAUUCUCUAGUAGCCACAUAAAAAGAGUGAGAAGAACCAGGUGAAACUAAUUUUAAUAAUAUAUUUUAUUUAACCCAAUACAUCCAAAACAUGUAAUCAAUAUGAAAACAAUACAUAUUUUAUAUUCUUUGUAUUUGUCCUAAGUCCUCAAAACCCAGCAUGCAUUUCACACUUAACAGCACAUCUUAUUUUGGACACUAUUUUCAGCAAAAAUAAUUAAUUUAGAUUUAGGCUUCAUAAAAUUUGCAGUUGAAAAAGUGGAUUCAUAUAUCUCAGUUCCAAACAAAGUUUUCCAACAGGUACAUUGAGUAUUUGUUUUAAAAUUGAUAUUUAAAUGAAUUAAGUGUAUAUAAAAUUUUAAAUUCAGUUCUUCAGUCUCACUGGCCAAAUUUCAAGGGCUCAUUAACACACAGGCUGGUGGCCACCCUAUUGGACAGCACAGCUUUAAAACUUCCCAGGCCUGAGCCCCCUCAAUUCCCCACUAGGCCUCAGCCUAGUACAACAGCAAAGCUGAGUCACCCCACCACAAACCCACAUAUACAGAGUCCAUCCAAGAGAACAUCAAAGGACCUUGCCUUCCACCUACCCCCAGCAGAACAACAUUCACCAGAUAAUAGACAGCUUCCUAGGGAUCUGUCUUCCUCCCCCAUUCCCUUCCUGUCCCUGGAAGGACACUGAUGAACCUGGCCCCUCUCAUGCACCUGCUGUUGCUGUUGCUGUUGCUGCUGCUCUUGCUGGGCCAUCAGCCACCUCCUCCGAUCCAAAGCCAUCUGCCGGCGGCGGGCCUCCCAGUGGAUUUCAGCAUCCUCUUCUGGUCCUCUGCUGAUUCCCCUCCCCCGCCAAAGGUCUCUGGAGUUACCUUUCCCUCAGUCCUCCAUCUCCUCCCCCCUGUGCUGAGUCAGGAGGAAAGAAAAUACAAAAUCCAGAUAUAAAUCUCUCUGGAAGCAUCAGAGCCUGAGUCCAGCUUCAGGGCUGAAGCCAGGAGAAGGCUACAAGUGAUAAAGGGGCUCCACGGCCGGCAGCCGGGGUGAGCUGCCAAGAGCCACCGUGAGCAGCCAUCCAGUGGCUGGCGACCAAUGUGCCUCACCCG